UUUGCGGAUGCGGUGUUUUGGUCUUUGAAGUCAUUUUCUAUUUUACACAGCAAUGUUAUUGUUUGAAAUUUUGUGAUUAGUGAUUUUAAUAUGUUGAAUUUUAGAAAAUGUAUUAUAUCAAAUUUGUGCUGUAUUUUCGAGUGUUCUUCUGUCGGUUGAACUAUUUCUCUCCCUGUUAAAACGACGGCUUAAAACCUUUUGUGAUGUGACCAACUGAGCUCUGUCCUGUCAUGAUGGUUUGAAAUACAAGUGCACUCAUGUGGAGAGUUUGGAAUCUAAAAACCGGUAUUUCUACAGGGUUAUAUGCAGCAUUUGUCUUAAAUGCAGAUCCACCAUUCAUUUUACAUUUCCCUACUUAUUUUCAUCCUUCUGAACCCAACAACGCAGCUGCAAAAUGGUGGCCCAGCUCUCUUGUAUACAACAGUUAAAGAUGUGAGAUUCGCGAAUAUGUCCAACCCUAGGAAAAGCAAUAUCAUCUUCAAAGACUCUGGAGAUGGUAUCGUAGCUGUGGACUUCUACUACAAGGGCUCUCGGGUUUGUUGGACAGAUCGCUUCUUAGGAACAAUUCAAUGUGUUCACUACAAUGGCUCUCAAGCCAGAGAAAAGGUUACUGUGAUAAAUGAGGGGCUCAUUUCGCCUGAUGGUCUUGCUUGCGAUUGGCUCACGGGUAAACUGUACUGGACCGAUGGUGAAACAAACAGGGUUGAAGUUGUUACCAUAGAUGGAGAGCACCGCAGAGUUCUUUUCUGGGAUGAAAUCGACCAGCCACGAGGGAUAGCUCUCGCUCCACUUGAUGGGUUGAUGUUUUGGACUGAUUGGGGCGAGGUCCCAAAAAUUGAAAGAGCUUCGAUGGAUGGCAAUAUAAGUUCCCGGAAAGUAAUCGUCAACGAAAAUAUCUUUUGGCCAAAUGAUAUUUCUAUCGAUCAUGCAACGAAGCAAAUUUAUUGGUGCGAUGGGAAGCUGAAAUUUAUUGAGGUGAUGGAUUUUGACGGGAGAAACAGGAAAGCUGUCAUAUCCGAUAAAGGCAUCUAUCCAUUCGCAUUAUCAAUCUUCUUAGACAAAGUUUAUUGGACAGAUUUUAGAACAUUAUCAGUCCAUGUAGCAGAUAGAAAAAAUGGAGGAGGGAUGAAAGAAAUGAUCCACGGUGACUACAUACCCCUCGACCUUGCUGUUUGGGACCGUUCGAGACAGCCAUCAAAACAAACUCCUUGUGAUACGAACAACGGUGGUUGUUCCCAUUUGUGCCUUUUAUCAACGAAUUCUCCUGGAUAUUCGUGUGCUUGCCCAACGGGUGUAAAAUUGCUGAACAGUACAACAUGUGCACCAGGUGUUCAAGAACUUCUCCUAGUAGUUCAAAGAACGGAUAUCAGUCGCAUAUCGCUGGACUCACCAGAUCAUACAAAUUAUGUCAUACCUCUUACCAAAGUUAAACAUGCAAUGAAUAUCGAUUAUGAUCCGGUCGAUGGGUACUUUUAUUGGACGGAUGACGAGGCAAGAGGCAUACGGAGAGCAAAGCUGGAUGGAAGUGGCCAAGAGGAUAUUAUAACAGCAGAAGUUGAACAUCCAGAUGGUGUCGCAAUUGAUUGGAUCGCUCGGAAUUUGUAUUGGACGGACACAGGCACUGACAGGAUUGAAGUGGCUAAACUUUCGGGCUCUGUGAGGAAGGUACUCAUCAACAGUGAUCUAGUUGAACCAAGAGCUAUAGCCGUUGCUCCAGUACACGGCUACCUAUUCUGGUCCGACUGGAAUGAAAAGAGACCGAAAAUUGAAAGAACAAAUUUGGACGGUUCCGCAAGAGUUAUUCUGGUGAAAGACGCCAUCGGCUGGCCGAACGGUAUCACAUUGGAUCUGGAGAAUAAUAAGCUGUAUUGGUGUGAUGCCAAAACAGACAGGAUCGAGGUAAUCAACAUGGAUGGUACCAACCGACGAGAGAUUCUCAGUGACCUACUUCCGCAUACCUUUGGUUUAAGUUUACUGGGCGAUUACUUGUACUGGACUGACUGGCAACGCCGCAGCAUCGACAGAGUACACAAGGUGACAGGUGAUAAUCGACAAGUUAUUGCUGACCAGCUGCCGAAUAUCAUGGGAGUGAAAGCAGUUGGACCUGGGCAAAAUUCAGGGUGGAACCCUUGCAAAGAUAACAAUGGAAAAUGCAGCCAUUUGUGUCUGAAUAAACCAGGCAACAAUUAUGUCUGUGCUUGUGUAAUCGGUCACGAAUUAGCGGCUGAUGAGAGAACGUGCGUGGUGCCUGAGUCAUUCUUACUUUUUUCAAGGAAGGAGAAUAUUGGUCGAGUCAGCAUUGAAAAUAGCGGCAUCGAUGCUAUCAUACCAAUCAGCGGUGUAAAAGAUGUCAGUGCCUUAGAUUUUGACAUCAGCGAUAGUAGAAUCUACUGGACGGAUGUGAAAAUGAAAGCAAUUACUCGCGCUUUUAUCAAUGGAUCUCAAGUAGAGCGCAUCAUAGAAUUUGGGCUCCAUUCUCCGGAAGGCCUCGCUGUGGAUUGGGUCUCUCAUAAUAUCUAUUGGACAGAUAUGGGAAGUAAGCGCAUUGAGCUGGCAAGACUGAAUGGCAGUUCUCGGAAGGUUCUGCUGUGGCGAAAUAUUAAUGAUCCUAGAAGUUUGGCCCUGGAUCCCAGAGAAGGGUACAUGUACUGGAGCGAUUGGGAUGAAGGUGGAACCAUCGAGCGUGCUGGAAUGGACGGAUCCAUGCAGAUGACGUUUCUAAACAAAAUUGGACGUGCUAAAGGCUUGACAAUCGAUUACGUAGAGAGAAAAAUUUACUGGACUCUUUUCCUUCAAAGUUCUGGUGCAAUUGAAAGUUGCGACUUAAAUGGCAAUAAGCGUGUUACACUUGUGUCCAAUGAUAUUGAAAGACCUUUUGCUCUGACUCUUUACAAGGACCACAUGUAUUGGACUGAUUGGAACAAAGGGACCAUUGAAAGAGCGAACAAAACAACAGGCCUGAAUAGAUCCAUAGUACAUUAUCAUCUGGAACAUAUCACAGAUCUCCUCGUCUUUCACGAGUCUCGCCAGAAUGGCUCGAACCAAUGUGCCUUCAACAAUGGAGGCUGCAGUCACCUGUGCCUUGCGCGUCCAAAACCCCAAGAACGUGCCUGCGCUUGUCCAACUCACUAUCAACUGAAGAAUAAUAAUUGUGAAGCUCCAACUUCUUUCUUGAUGUUUUCUCAAAAAAGUGCCAUAAAUAGAUUGAUUCUUGACACAGUCGAUUGUCCUGACGUUCCUCUACCUAUUCAUGGACUCAAGAACGUGCGUGCCAUUGAGUUCGAUCCUGUUUCGAUGGUCGUUUACUGGGUUGAUGGUCGAGCUCAGUCGAUUCGGUGGAGUGAGUUAGAGGGCAGCAACACUGGCACGCUGGUUGGAGGCGGCGGUGGAACACAGUUCGUCUAUGACCUGGCACUAGAUCCGUACAACCGGCUGAUUUAUUGGAGUGAUCAAUCAGCAGACAUUAUCAACGCCACUUGGCUAGAUACAGGUGCCUCGCUCGGGACGAUCGUCAAAUUCACCGAAAAUGAAAAGCCAAGAAAUAUCGCUCUUCACCCAGAAAGAGGAUAUUUGUUCUGGACCGAUGUCGAAGGCUCAGGGCGUGUUCUGAGAGCGCGAAUGGAUGGCCAGAAGAGGUUAGUUAUUGCAGCUGAUUUACCAAACCUGGCGGCCCUAGCUGUGGACCGGGUGGAAAAUGCUGUCUUCUUCACCUAUUCUAACAAAAUUGAUCGCACUGAUUUGAAUGGAAAUAAAAGGCUAACACUUGUCAACGGUGGCAUUUCGCAAGUAGUCAGUUUAGUUGUUUCCGGAAAUUACAUUUACUGGGCUGACAAAGAGCAACAAUUAAUCGAAAGAGCCAACAAAAGAAACGGCGAAGACAAACUUAUUGUUAUGUCUCGCGUGUACAACCUGUCAGAUCUUCUAGCAGUUCUCACACCAACUCCUCAGGAGCUGAGAGCGCAUCCUUGCACGCAUGAGAAAGGGGAAAGGCACUGCUCCCAUGUUUGUGUGGUCAACAACGAUCGCAGAGAGUGCGGUUGCCCUCCAGGACUUGUUCUAUCCGAUGACAAAGUUUGCUCUGCUUUACCUGCUUGUGGAGCAGAUCACUUUAUAUGCGGUUCUCCGUCUCCCGAUUGCAUCCCGGCUGCAUGGCGCUGUGAUGGUCAGAUGGAUUGUCCGGAUGAAUCUGACGAGCUCAACUGUCCAGAAUGUACACCCGAUCAAUUCAGAUGCACCUCCGGUCCUUGCAUUGGUCGGGACAAAGUUUGCGACGGAAUAGCUCAGUGUUCUGAUGGUGCAGAUGAGGCACACUGCUGCAGUCUGGAAGUGAUGAACUUCUUGAAGUUCCAAUGUGCAACAACCCCUCAUUGUAUCCCGAUGAGUACAGUCUGCGAUGGUUUCCGUCACUGUCCAGAUGGAUCGGAUGAAACUGCCACUGCCUGUCAGAGCGCAGCGCAGCAGAAACCCCAGGACGACCCCCUGAACACCUCAGUCAUACUUGCCAUUUCUUUCUUGAUUAUAUUGUUCAUUUUUGUUGUUUUCAUGAUUAUCUUCAAGCUGAAAAAGAAGUAUACAGAACCAGCGCCAAUCUCAUGUGAUGAUUCCGUAGCUGCACCCUUAUCUCCGAAACCUAUCCGGAACGGCAAUAAUACAAACUCUCUACGCAUGACAAAUCUGAAUCCUGGAAGUAGUUCCGGGCACUCGGACUCCCUUCUCCGCUAUCCCCUGAACCCGCCUCCGAGCCCAUCCUCAACCGUACAGCGCAAUGAUUACCGCUCGCCUCGAUAUCGUCCUCCGCCACCCACGCCUUGCAGCACGGACGUCUGCGAUGAAAGCGACUCAAAUUACCGGGAAAACGACCCGUUUCCGCCUCCGCCGACGCCUCGCUCUCAUUCCUCCGAUCCACCCUCACCCUCCUCCAGUACUUACUUCCCUCCCCCUCCGUCCCCAAUCAACCGGUGAUUCUAUCCAGUUUUCAGCUGCCUUUUUUUGUAGGAAAUAUUGUAUUUUUUUAUGUUUUUGUACCUAGUAAUUUGUCCUUACUGCAUGGUGUCUAGGACUGGGAGUAACCAAGAUUCAUCAAGGAAUGAAAGAUUCCAAGGAAAAAUCAGGCAAUCUUCCAGAAACCGGGCAUCUUUUCUUCUACUGGUUAGAGUUGUUUCGUUUUCAAAUUUUGCAGAAAUUUAAAGCACUUAUUGUUAUUGAGGUUAAUGGAAUUGCACCGGAGCCGCCACUAUUGAGCUCUUAAAAGACACAUUUGAACCUUCAAUUCAUCAUGAAAAUAGAGCAGCUUUCAUGGACAAGAUAAUAUGAAUUCUAGGAACGCUUUUGAAAUUUAAAAUUUGAAUGUGCGCCUAAGAAUCGGGUGAAAGAUGAAAAAAUUUGAUAUCGGUGUCUGGAACUCUGGAGAUUUGUAUGGUUCUUUUCAAGAAAAUCCUGGGGAAAUUGGAGAAAAUUUUGGGUUCUCAUCAAGGAAUGAGCUCCUUAAAAAUCAGGGUCAAAAAUUCUAGACACCAUGCCUUACUGUGCAUCUUGUGUAUCCCUUCUUGUGAUAGUAAUGUGUAGAUCAUCCUCAAGGUUGAUUCACGACCAGAAUCUGUCGGUAGGUUGAUUUCUUUCGCUCAUCGCUAGUUUUAUUCGGUAGAGAUGGAAUGUCUAAUAUCAUUACCUUCUAACCUAAUUUUUACAAAGAGACCUUUUCUACUGCUGAAUACGAAUUAUAUCAGAUAGCAUCCCUGCAUCCCUAGAGUGAAAAUUUGUGCUUUCAGUAGUUAAAUAGUUUAAUAGUAACUCCAGAGCUGAUAUGAAACGCUGAAGCAUUGUAGGCAUCAAAAUUAAUUCUUCGUAGUAGUUUGCCAUAACCAUUAAUUAGAGUAAGUAGGAUUGUGACAUAUCUUGAUUUGAGGCUGUUAUUCUUUUCAAAAAUUUGACUAUCGACAGGAAGAAUCAUCGCUUUCAGUUUUUUGUACAGAACACUCUCUUUUUUGUCCUCACAUUGAGUGCUGACUGGGAUCUCAUAUUUUUAAAUGAAUGCUGUAAAAAGUUUUUGCCGUUGCUCAGCAAUGUUUACAUGAUUUGCAAAUCUGUACAGUUUUAUCUGUCUCUCUCUGAUUAUUAUAUCUUUUGGUUCUUUUUCAGAAGCUUCUCAGUCUUUCAGCUUUUUCUAUUUUUACGAAAACCUGUUAAGAGUGAAACCGCAAAAACAUGUGUAUCAGUUAAAGUAUUUUAAGAUUUCCACUGAUAAUGAGUACUUAAUUUUUUUAUCAGAGUGCCACUUGACAUUAUUUACAAUAUUUUCAGAGAGUACAAGAAUUUUAGAUAAGCAAAGAAAAGUUGUAGGAAAUUUAGUGCAAUAACCCUCCAAAAAAGAGAAAAAUAAGAAGAAAAAAGUGGAACUGGAAAUCUGUUUUAUCGCCAACUGAAAGGUAUGGGUUUGUGGUGCCACUUAAAUCGGCGUGCACUAUUUCGUACAGAAAUUACCAUCUGUCGACUUUUGAACUUUUCACAGAAACGCUUCAAAAAGCACCUCAGCGUUCUUUUUAGCUUUAGCGUAUCUCCUUGUAAAUAUUCGUGAAAACGUUAUCAUCAAUCGCUUACCAAAAAGAUUGAUUCAGGUAUCAACGUUGUAUUUAUUUUUGACUUUUCGUAACGUCUUUUUGUUGGUACUGAUCUGCGAUGAGCAUAGAGCCAUUGCGAAGAAAUUUUUAAAAAGAAAUUCUUAAACAUGUAGUAGCGUUUUCUUCGGGAAAUACACAAACAUUUAUAUAUGUAUAGUGAAGGAAUGCGUUCAAGUAGUAUAAAUUCAUUUUUACCCAUUCUUUAAUUGCCACUUACCCUGUACCCCUCUCAAAUUAACCCUUUUAUGAAUGAAUUAAAGCUGGGCAUCACAUCUUCCCCAAACUUUUGUUUGUGUUGUGACAAAAUGUGAUUGUAAAAAUUUUUCCCCUCCAUAAAAUCAUCACUUAAUGUUAGGCUUUACACCCACUCCUCCCAGUCAACUACCAUCACCGAAGAUCUCCCUACCCUACCCUUCUAAAUUCAUUAAAUAUUACUUGAAUGCUCCCUUUGUCAUCUACCACGAAGGAUUGUACUUCGUCCGUCCUGUUUCAGUUUUGCUACGAACGUUCUAUUUUCUCAUUGGAGAAUCACUGCGCCAAUUUGCCUGAAAAUUUGGGUGUCUUUUUUUUAGCUGAUGUAAAAAAAAAUCAGUGAAAAGUUCCAACACAUCCAUGGAAUGGUUCUCCUGUAAAAAGAACUCUGAAUCAGGACAAGUGAGGUACGUUUCUUCAAGUAAAAAAUGACGCUUUCUUUAUUUUUAGCAUAUUUUUUAUAUAUUUCUGCUCUUUAGUAGAUAAUGUAUCAUCUUCAGAGUUGAAUUGCAAAUUGACCGGGUCCAACAAAAACGGACCAAGUUGCAUUUUAGAUGAAAAACAUAGUUGGGAGUAUUUCUGGAUUUAACUAGUUGUAAAUUUUCUCCGUUCAGAAACUGUAGGUCAAGAAAGAAUAUUUUGAACAUGAAAAUAGUUGAUUAACUUUGUUCCAAUAGUAUAGAAUCUUAUGGAGGUAUGAAACUGCAAACCUCUUCUUCUCGUUCAAACUUGAUGUAACUUGAUGCGUUUUUGUUAAACUGGGUUCUAACAGUCUUAAUUACCAAUUUUAAGUAGGUAUUCAAGAUGGAAUUUCAUCAGUAGUAGAUUAGAAAAUGUGCCAAAAGGUUUGAACUUAAAAACGGUAACAAUAUCAUGACGUAUUUUAAAUUUUUAUAUAUUUUUGAAAAUUUUUAUGCAUGUAAAAAUCUUGUUGUGUUAACACUAUAAAGACUGUAAUCUUAAUUUCAAGACUAAUGUAUAAGUGUCUGAAUUCUUUGAAAGUUUCAGGUACAGGUGUUCCUUUUUUUUAUUGAUUGACAACUAAACACCAAAUUCAUAACUUAAAAUUCAAAUAAUUUCUGACAUCACAGUAUGUAUUUUUGUAUGUAAAUGUAAAUUGAUGUAAAAGUGUUAUUUUUUAAAGACUUUCAUCAGCUUCAACCAGUUAUAGGUGUAACAAAACCUCGCAAAAUUUCGUUUCCCCUUUCCCCCAUCAAAAAAAAAAAAAAAAAAUAUUUAGUAGCCCUCUUUUUUUCAUUGAAUCCCAUUAGAAUUUUAACUAAUUUUGUAUGAUUUUUUGAACUUUUCUAAAUUUUCAAGUUAAUCCCUAUCCUAAUUAUUUAUUUAAGAACAAGUAUGUUUUUCUUAAGCAUUACUCUCAGUAUAUAUAUACUCAAUAUACUGGAGGCGAACAGUUUGAUAAUCGCAAUAGGAAGUAUCAGGGUUUAUAAGCAUGCAAAACAUAUACUUUUAUGCCUGGCUCAGGUAUUUGGUAGCUUGAUUCUGUUGUUAUAUAUUCAUAUUUGCUUUGUUGUUUGCUUUAAUGUUGAAUGGGACUUAAGUAGAAGGCAUAAUUUUCAAAAUUCUAGCAGUUCCCAGACCACCCCAUGAAAGAUUUACCUGUAAAUGUGGAAAAUUAAGUAUUUUUACUUUUUUCCUUGAGUAAAAAGUUUUUCUAAAGCCUAGAUGUUGGAGGGCAUUUUUAUACUGCUUUCUUAAGUGGGAGGUAUUUAUGCUGAAAAGAACCAUACGAAAAUGAAUUAUAUGACGGAUUAACCAGGCACACAGGAUUCACGUUUUGCAUGGCUCCCUUUGACAUAAUCAAUUUUCCUUCAUUCUUUUAGCAUAAAUACGCCCAAUUGGUCUUCUAAUUUGGUUAUUAGUCACAUAUCACCUAUUUCAAGUGCCUUGAAUGAUUUUGUUCUUUGAAUAAUUUUUGCAAACUUUAUCAAUUUUAAAACUUUCUCUGUUUUUAUUCAAGGUUUUUUUGCCCCUUCAUCCAAGUAAAGUUUUUCAGUGGAGCUAAUAUUCCAGCUAUGAUUAAUGUUUUGUACAUCAUAUGUUACGAAAGAAGGAAAGAAAAAAAAAAAAUUCACAUCGAACACUAUUACGUUUCUCCUAUCAUCUUAACAUCCGCAUGUAGGAAUUUUAUCAGUCUACAUAUUGAAGUAGAAACUAAAUCCCUCUUAAAAAUGUUCAAGUAUACUCGAGCUGCUCUGAAAUACCACCCCACAGUGACAUGCUUUACUUUUGACUAAAGUAAAUUACUUACUUUUGAAAGUUGUAAUCUGGAGACUGAUCAUCGUUUUUGAUGAUAUUACUUCGGAUUGAAGUCAGGUUUUAAGAAUUGAAUAAUUUUAACGCAAUAAUUUCUAUUUUUAUGUUUUUGAAAGAAAACGAGUGUAAAUGGUGUUUUUAAACUGUUCUAAUUAUUCUUAAUUAUUAUUUUAUUAUCUUCGUUAAGUGUUAUUUGUGCCAAAUGUGACACUUUGAGUUUUUUAGCAUGAGACCCUCUAUUUUCAUCAAAAUAUCAGAAUUGCCAAGGAAUUACUAAAUUUGAUUUUUUUGAAAUAACAAAAACAAAAAUAAACUGAAUAAUGAUCGUACCUACAUAAUUUUUGACUUUAAGCUAUUUCUUGAAAAUAAUGAAUGAAGAACAUCAUUACUUUAUUGUUGUAGAAAUAUUAACUCUCAAAUGCAUACUUUUUUUUGGAUAAGUGUUAAAUGUUAAGUUUAUAUUUCCGAGUGACUCUUGAAUCAGGACUUCCGAAAUAACUCUUCGUAAGCUUUCCUUAGCAUCGAUCAUUCUUAUACUGUGGCCAUGGGUGAGUUAUUCGUUGGUUUGACUCCAAGUUAGUGACCUUAGUAGCAUUGACUGUCAAAUUUGAACCAAAAAAUUACAAAAAUUUGUCAAAAUAUCAGCAUCUCCUGCACAAAAGAAUCCAGCUAGAUAGCAUUGUUUCAUUGUUUCCUAUUCAAAUGUUAUUUUUUCACUGGAAAGCCAUCACAUGGUAUUGUCAUUAAUUUAUCUUUACACUUGUGAGAAGGGACACCAAACAUUUUCAGACCACUUAGUGCGAUGAUUCUCCCAUGAAAAAAAUAAAAUGUUUGUAGAAAUAUUUAAACAGUGCAGACGAGAUAUGUUCUUUUAUGUGGGAAAUGAUGAUAUACAAGUCAGGAAACCCUUCUUUUUAUCGUAAAAUUUAAGUAUAAUUUACACACAAAAAAAAACAGUUAUGAGAAAAAUUGGCAUCAAAAUUUUGUGAGUAAAUUCUAUUAAUCACUUUUAUUGAUGCUAAACGCCAAAUAUACUGCCUAGCCAUGUACAAAGUGAUGUAAAAUUCUCGUCAUAAGUUACUUAUUCAAAAAGAUAUAUAACUUGUAAGAAAGCAAGGUAGCAUCUGACAAAAAAAUGAAGUAGAAAAAGUUUCCUAACUCAACAGAUGUUUCAACAGUUCCUUCAAGUUUUCAGUUCUUUGGAAAUUACAAGUUCUCCAGCUUACUUUUUCAACAGCCAAUGCUACCAGGGAUGAAUUUUUAUCAGUUUUGUGAACGAUCCUCUCUCCCUUGUACCCUUAUUUGGACAUCUGCCUUUCGAGUAGACAUCUGCUUUUAUAACUUGUGCCUGACUUAUUUUCUGUUCAUUUUUUGUCUGUAUUUGAAUUUUUUCCAUAUUUAUUUGCCCUGUGUUACUCACAAUUAUUUUUAUUAAAUGUUGAAGAUUUGAAUUUCAAUUGCAUUUAUUCAAUGUUUAUCAAAGUGUAAAUUUGUUAUAUUUUCUGUGAAUACUUGUACAAAUUGUAACUAUGCCCGCGUUGUAAGGUCAAUGUUAAAUACAAUUUAAUGUUUACAAAUUUUCA